AUGGACACUCCGAAUAAAUCUAGUCAGAAGACAAGCGGCGCCUCCGUUGCCAGGGACUUUAACAAUGUCUUGAACUCAACACCAGCCUUUGAAGCCAUGCGCUUCACAGCCAACUACGCACGAAUCGCAAAGGCCGAGCUUCAAAGCUGUGAUUAUGAAGACCUCAUGGUCGCCGUAAAAGAGGCGGGAAAACUUUUGCCAGAAGCCUUUAAUCCUGCUACAGAUGAAUGGCCAGCUGAUGCGGAAGCGAUCAACGAAAAUAUGGAAAACAAAUUGAAAGAUUGUGAUAAAUUGGCUGGAGGGUUCAGGAAGUUUGUUGAGAAUGCUCACGCAGCUGUGAUGGCGGGUGCAAAACGUUGA